CUUGAGUCGAGCUGGAGCCCAGCCCUCAAUCAAUUGCAGCUUCGUUAUUCAAACGUUUAAAGUUGACAGGCGGGGAUCAUAAACCCUCAGAAUCCAUAAAAUCUUUCUCGCCCUUUCCGCGCUUUCGAUCAUUGCACUGGCUACUUGGCUAAGUCGAGGGUGAUCUGAGCUCACUCGGAGGCACCAACCAGGUCCAAAUCAAAAAGCUGGCCCGAGAAAGCGGAAAAGAAGCUAGCAGCUGACUGGAAUGACCUGUGGAAUUGGAGUGAUUUGUAAUUUCGCCCGGCGCGGCUUGCAAAGGCAUCGAGCGAGGCGAGCGGAGAUAAACCGAGGAGGCAUACGAGUGUACGCAAGCAAUACUGCGUGUAGUCAUGCUCUAGUGGAGACUGGCCAAGGAUCUAGAUCGCAUGUCGCGCCGUGGGUAUGAGAAUGCUGCGGCGGCGGCAGUGCUUUGGGGCACCCAUAGUAAUGCUGGUGUUUUAAUGGCUGGCCGGGAUUGGGCUGCUCAUUCGGAAUUGUAUAGACAAAAUGGUGCAGCGCAGGUACAUGGCUGUUUUAUGGGAGAAGAUGGUCGUGGUCAAGAUCGAUCGUCGGUCCGAGACACCGGAUCGACUGCUUGCUUGCUCACAGCCCUCAUCUGCAUGGCACAAAACUCGAAGUACAUUCGAUCACGUCCGCUGCCCAAAGCCUACACGGAGCAGCAGCUUACUUUUCUCAAGAGCUACCUUCCUGAAUUUGAGCGGAGGUCCCUAGGGCCAGUGCGCGGAGAUGCAAAGAAAUUUGCCAUGGAGAGAGCUGCGGAAUUCAUUGUACGCUUCGGCAUCCCAUCGUCUGCGCAAGUUGAACUCGGCGAGGACGUCGAUACCAAGUUCAGAGAGGUUCUUGGGCUUUUCUCUACUGAUGACUUUGACCCCUCAAUACAUGGUGCAGCAACUUUACAACUGGUUCAAGAAUAGUGUGGGACGGAAUCGCAGGAAGGCUGAGGGCAAGCCGAGAUCGUCUCGGAAGACGCCAGAGAAAGACAUGCCCAUUCAAGUUGCACGAACACCUGCCCACGACCCUUGGAUGGAUACCAGCCCUACCAUCAGUAUUGAGCGUGAUUUCACGCUCUCAGAUAACACCCUAACAUCUUCUCCGACGAUGACCAACACCUACUCGCACCACGAUAGCCCGGCUGCUGUAACGCCAUCCCCUACGGUGACUGCUCGGCUACCCAUUCAUGUGCAAUAUCCUAUCGCGAGCACCUUGGCAAAUGCAUUGCAGCGUUCUCCGUCUUCUCCGCCAUGUUUGCCCCAGGCACCUGCUCUCCUUCCGCCAGCAUUGCCAGUGAUUGUGACUAUCGCAUCACUGACAGAGGCUUUUCUGAGCAAUAUCGAUGUCGCCCUUCUUGCCUCGCAAAUGCAGGUGCUGGCAUUGGCAGAGCCGCCGCCCUUGACCUUACAGCCUGUUAUAUUCGCAUUGUUCCAGGCCACAUCCUCCGAGUGGGACAGAAGCAACACACCGCCCAACACUCUGCUGACACGCUUCCUCGGAGCUGUGCGGUACUUCACCUCGGCCGUAUGUCACGCAGGAGCGACUGGACCACUUGCUGGUGCGCUUGCCCUCCAAAUGCAGAUACGCAAGUCGGCCAGGUGGACGUCCACUGCUGCACGAAGUCACACGGAGGCCAACCCCGCGUCUUCCAUGUCCCUUGAGCUCCAUCGCAUCACGGCGGACCGCGCACGGCGUAAAGAUCACAUGCAAUGGGCGAGGAUCCACAGUUCUGCCAUCGAAACAGGCGUGUUUGCGUUAGGCUGUGACAUGAGCUCCCCGCCUAACAUACACGACUACACCAAAAGUCGUGUUUUCAGCGACCUCUUUGUUCAGGAUGCGAUCUGGGAAGAGGAUGAAGUCGAAUGGGUCGCGGGAUCAUUCGUUCUGAGGUCCCUCAUCAGAACUGCCAUGCGCGGUGAUGCUGUCAUCCGACGGCAUUAUGAAGAACUGCUGGUUCACUACGAAAACAGAUGGAAGGUUAUGAAGGAUGAAACCAGACAAGCGUUUGUGACCGAAGCACUGCUGUCAGCCAAGGCGCACUUGGCUAGUCUGGCAGCGCCGUGAUCUCCAAGGCAUUAUCUGGACUUUUUCUUGACCCGGACGGUUAUAUCCCCCUCUCGGGCGCCCAUGCUUGGCGCCACGCGACCAUCCAUUCCGUCGUCAUCCAGCGCGAAAUUCAUCGGUUGGCGUGCAUCUCACCAGCUCUUGCGCUCGGAGACGAGGUUCUGGCCUGCACGAACAUGACGUCUGGACUACGAAGGGCUCGGCGCGGACCGAUCGCGAAGGUCACGCUAGCACGUGAACGUGACACCACGCACCACUAGCAUCCCUGUCCGGUUGCGACUCGUUUCGGCUAUCUCUGUUUCCCUUGGACUAGUACAUAAGAUCUGCUUUGCGAGAAUAACGCAGCAGACUAGUCACACUAGAUGGAGAUGCAGUAAGACCCGCCUUCCGAAUUGACGUCCGAUCAUGUCAUCAUCCCUCCCCGAGGUUGACAAUACAUAUACGCAUUGAAACAGCUUUGACGAAAUCU